AUGGCUGAGAAGUCGCCAGACAAAGAUGCUCACAAGGAAACACCAGAGAGGACGGGCUGGUCCAACCAACUAGAGUUUUUCUUCUCCUGCGUCGGGUAUGCCGUGGGGUUGGGUAAUAUCUGGCGCUUCCCGUACCUGGCUUUUCAACACGGAGGAGGCGCCUUCCUGAUUCCUUAUGUGAUCAUGCUGGUCAUCUGCGGACUCCCGUUGUUCUUCAUGGAGCUAGCCUUUGGUCAGUUUGGCUCACUAGGUCCAAUCACAAUUUGGCGAGUAUGCCCACUUUUUACAGGUGUCGGUAUCGCAAUGGUGCUGAUAUCCUUCAUGGUCUGCCUCUACUACAACGUCAUCAUUAUGUACGCCAUAUUCUAUUUGCUGACCUCCUUGAUCUCCCUGGACAAUUCCUUGCCCUGGUCGACGUGCGACAAUGCAUGGAACACCAAGUUCUGUAUCACGCACAGACCAGAUUUCUCAAACACGAGUCAGGCUGAAGCUGUAAAUAUUACUCUUGAUCGCAUGGAUGCAACCUGCGUGGCGCAGAAGCUAACGUCGGUUAACAUGUCAAUGAUGUCCCCGAGUCUAACACUCAACUUCACAAUGGCCCACCUCGCCGACUGCGACAGGGCGGUUCUUCCCAGUGAGGAGUACUUUACUCGGUUUGUGUUGAAACUACAUGAAGCUGACAAUAUAGGGUCCCUGGGAAGUAUGAGUUGGAAACUUCUGGCUCUGUUGGCUCUGACCUGGUUAAUCCAGUUCUUUGGCCUCAGGAAAGGAGUGGAGACCUCUGGCAAGGUUGUCUACUUUCUGGCUUCAUUUCCCUACGUGGUGCUAGUGGCAUUGCUGAUCAGGGGCGUCACCCUGGAGGGGUUCAUGAAAGGGAUCGAAUUUUACAUCAUUCCUAAAUGGGACAGAUUGAACAAUAUCAAUGUCUGGAGAGACGCGGCCACACAAAUCUUCUACUCCCUAGGACCAGCCUUCGGCACUUUAAUCACUAUAGCCUCGUACAACCCGUUCAAGCACAACUGUUACAGAGAUGCUGUUCUGGUGACUGUCAUCAACUGUUCCACAUCCAUCUUUGCCGGGUUUGUCAUCUUCUCCAUGCUUGGCUACAUGGCUCACGUCACCAACCAAGAGGUGCAGCAUGUCACGAGCAGUGGUGCUGGCCUAGUUUUCGUUGUGUAUCCUGAAGGUAUUUCUCGUAUGCCUGCAGCUCCACUGUGGGCCUGUCUCUUCUUUAUUAUGUUGAUAUUCCUGGGCUUGGAUAGUCAGCUCGCCAUGUUUGAAACAGUUAUCAGUGCCAUAAUUGACGAGUUUCCGUCUUUUUUGCGCAGACGAAGAGUGAUGUUUACAUUUAUCUGUCACGUGAUUGGUUUUAUCUUGGGAAUUCCCAUGGUUACUUACGGCGGCAUCUGGGUGUUGACAUUGCUGAACAGCUACUCGGCAAGCUACGCGCUGAUGUUGACAUGUCUCUGUGAGCUGAUAGCUUUAAAUUAUGUCUACGGUAACAAGAAUUUUUGUGCUGACAUAGAGAUGAUGUUAGGGUUCUCGCCCAACCUCUACUGGAGAUGCUGUUGGAUGGUGGUGACUCCUCUGGCUAUAGUGACAAUGAUGAUCUUGUCAGGGGUUCAGUAUACUCCUGUGGACUACGGAGGAUAUGAGUUCGAACCUUGGGCGCAAGGUCUGGGCUUUGCAACAGUUGGUCUGCCUAUAUUGUCCAUAUUGUUGGUUGCUGUCAUACAGAUGUUUAGAUAUGGGGGACUUAAACAAGCCAUCAAACCCCACCCCGAGUGGGGUCCAGCCAAUAAAAGUCACCGCAUCGGAAGAUACGCUAUGUCAAACGAAGGGUUCCAGCCGGACAUGGACUUGCAAGACGUGAUCGCCUACAAUACAACCAGCUCUACAAUACAACAGAGUGACUCAAGUGCAACGAACAACAAUCGCUCUAGUUAG